UCAUACGGCAAAUGGAGUCAGCGCAUCUGAAAAUGGCACGUGGUGCGAUUCUCUGUUAAACUUUCACCUUCAAAAGAUAUCGUACGUAAAUACUGAUUUUUAAUUGUCAUUUAAUCAUCAUAACUAGAUACAAAACUCGAAUUAGUCUUCAUCUUGAUUUCCAACUAGAGUUUAUCACUCAACAUAGUUACUUUGCUGGAAUAAAUCUCUUUGAAAAAGUUAUUUACUUGAGCAAUUGGCGAUGAGAACAGUAUAGCAGAACAAGUGUUACCGGUUUCCUUCAAGAUAUACGUGAAGAAUUUCCAUCUGCAUAGGAUACACAUAAAGAUUUAUCUAAUUGGAGUAGCUAUCUGGACGAACCAAAAUGUUCAAUAGAAAUUUGAGGAAAUUAGUUCGUGAAAUAAAUUCUUGGAUCUCUUCGAAGUUCGUCAAUGAACCCACACGGUGUUCUGAAAUCAUCACGAAAGAUAUUUAUAAUAGAAAAUUCUCGAAAUAUAAGAUUCAAAAUAAGAUAACUGCACUAGCUGCUGCCGCUGGGUACUUAUCGUUAACUUUUCAGGAUAAAAGACAUGUUAUUUAUGCAGAUACAGUUCAGCAGCAAGAUCUUCCAAAGAUUCCUCUAAAACCCGAACUUCCAAUUUACACCACAGAUGAAGUAUCGAAACACAUAACCAAGGACACAAGGAUAUGGGUAACAUUUCAACACGGGGUGUACGACAUUACUGAUUUCGUACAUGAACACCCAGGUGGUGACCAGAUUCUGAUGGCUGCUGGUAACGCGGUCGAUCCUUUCUGGAUGCUUUACAGUAUACAUCUAAAUUCUCACGUUUUAAAUAUACUAGAAAGAUACAGAAUAGGUAAUUUAGACCCAAAAGAUGAUCACAAAGAUGUAGUGAGGGACAUGUCGGAUCCCUUCGCUAAUGAACCAAGUCGGCAUCCUAUUUUGAAACCUGCUUCUAAAAAACCUUUCAAUGCUGAGGCACCUGAGAAUAUAUUAGUUCAGAGUUUUUUAACCCCCAAUGAGAUUUUUUAUGUAAGAAAUCAUUUACCUGUGCCUGACAUUGAUCCUAAGGAUUAUACAUUGGAAAUUGAGAUAGAAGGUAAAUCAGGAAAUUUAACUCUGUCUUUAGAGGAGCUGAAGCAGUUUCCUAAACAUUCUGUAACUGCAACUGUGAUGUGUGCAGGUAAUAGAAGGAGCGAAAUGCAUAAGGUCAAACCAGUUAAAGGCUUGAAUUGGGGUGCAGCUGCCUUGGGAAACGCAACUUGGACAGGUGCUAGUCUUAGAGAAGUUCUGGAGAAGGCAGGACUUUCAGAGCAUGAACUGGACAAAUAUGAACAUAUACAGUUUGAAGCCUAUGAUACAGACACCACAGGCUCACCAUAUGGGGCAUCAAUUCCGAUAUGGAAGGGAGUAGAUAAGAGGGGUGAUGUGAUCCUUGCUUAUGAAAUGAAUGGGGAAACUUUACCAAAAGAUCAUGGUUUUCCUGUUAGAGUCAUCGUGCCUGGGGUUGUUGGAGCCAGGAAUGUCAAGUGGUUAGCCAAAGUAAUUGUGUCAUCCACGGAAAGCCAAUCUCACUGGCAGCAAAAAGAUUACAAAGGUUUUUCCCCCAGUACUGAUUGGAAUAAUGUGGACUAUUCUAAAUCGCCUUCAAUUCAAGAGCUCCCAGUUACUUCCGCAAUCUGUCAACCUAUGAAUAAUUCCACAGUUGAGGUGAAAGGAGGCAAAAUAACAGCGAAAGGGUAUGCAUGGUCAGGGGGAGGUCAAGAAAUAGUCAGAGUUGAUGUUUCCUGCGAUGGUGGUAAAACUUGGCAUGUAGCAGAGUUUGAUUACCACGAAUCCAAGAAAUAUCCACGACAUUGGAGUUGGACUCUAUGGUCUUGCGAACUUCCGGUGCCCAAAGGAACUGAAAAUAUGGAGAUAAUAGUUAAAGCAGUGGAUUCAUCUUAUAAUACUCAGCCAGAAUCUUUCGAAAACAUAUGGAACCUUAGGGGAGUUUUGAACAACGCAUAUCACAAAAUAUAUGUUAAUCUUAAAUGAAUAAGGUCUGUCAAAAAUGGAAGAUAAAAAAAUAUCAGUUCAAUAAUUUCCUAUAUACUAGUCUACGAAACGGGUCAUCUACAAAACGACGAAGCCGUCGGGGUCUGUCAAAUAAACGUCAAAAUAUUUGCCGGAAAGAUGUGUUGGAAAUUCCGUGAGACGUGAGAAAGGAUAUUGUAUAUAGAGAGUAGAGAAAAGGAGAACGAUCGCUGUACUAAAAAAGGUCCCCGAAAAUGGGGAAAAUUACAGUGACUCUAUCAAACACAGUGGCGACAAUUGUGGUUCCGUUUUUCAUCGUUUUAGCAAGAAUAUGGCGGAUUCGGUCACAUGACGUGACGUGAGCCAAUCCGCAUUCCGAAUUAGAGAUCAUAGCAUUGAAAUCUGUGCUUCUAAGCCGCCAUAUUCUUGCUAAAUUUCCAAUUGUCGCCACUGUGUUUGAUAGAGUUACUGUAGGGAAAAUAAGUGAGUCGUAUUGUAACGUCCAUUUGAAAUGAACUGCCUUCAUUUGUUUGCAAGAUUACGAGAAAUGGCCUAAAAUCGAAAAUGGUUGAAAAAGUAACUAACUAAUAUUUGUCAGUAAGGAACUUUCCUUACUUUCCCCGAUACAAAGUAGACUUUUACUUUUAGUAUAUGUCACAAGUCGCCGAGUGUCUUUACCGACUGAAGGAUUCCCUCUUGACUAACGACGAAAGGAAUAAAUUUUAAAAAAUUCACAAAAAUGUUUAAUAUUUUUCAUCAGAAGAAACCGAAGAAUUUACGGGGUUCGGCCAACUUCACGUUAAUAUCAAUCACGAUUGAAAUUGACCAAUGACGUGUCGUUUUUCCAUCUUUCAGGGUUUUUUCAAUUUUAAACAUUUUUUUUUUCGAGGCAACGAAAAUAAAGAUAGUAUAGAGUUAGGUUAGGUUUACCUAACAUAACUCUAUAUAUUAACCUAACCUAACUCUAUAAUCUUUGAUUGUAUGAUGGUUAAAAAUGAUUCUAUAGGAUUAUUUGGAAGGGCAUUCUUUGAUGGGUUUUCGUUUUUUUUCUUUCAAUCGGCUGUACUCAAUUUAUUAUGUGUUUUUCCACCGUUGCAUUUGACGAAAAAGUGUAUUUACCAAACAAGUGCACCUAAGGUUAUUAAUAUGGUAGAUCUAACUAACAGUUGGAAAGUAUUGAUGUAUUGAAAGAGUUUGAUUGUAGUAGUUUGAAUUUCCAUUUGUUUACUUUAUUUAUUUAUUUGUUAGUGAGUAAUUAUUUGCUGUUUUCAAUUUAGAUUUUUGCUGAUUUUAUAUGAAUACCUCAUAAUCUGCAUAACUACAUUGUUAAGAAAAAAUUACCUAAUUUUAAUGUAUUGCUUCCAAUCAUUUAUCAUUUUCUAUAUAGAAAACUUAUGCUGGACGUAAAUAAACCGUUUUUUUGUACUGUUUGUUCAUUUAAUUUUGGAUAUUUGACUCAUAGGUAAGAAAUGCUUAUUUUGGUUUGAUUGUAUGAUAAUUUUUUACUUUUAUAAUUGUCUGCACUGACUGAUUAUACUUUUAUUAUGA